GUUCCUCUCCAGAUCGAGAAUGACAAAAAAUGGACUACUAAUGUCAUUGCGUCACGCUCGGGACUUUAAAAGGCUGAAUAAAUGCCGUCAGGAGGAGAAACCGAGGGAAGGGGUGUAACUUAUUGACAGAUGAGCUCAAUUAAAGUUGUCCAUCAUCCUGAUCAUAAGAUGGAAGUGCACGCACACGACAUCCUUCAUCAUGGAAGAAGUAUUAAAGUCAAUCAAUGAUGAUGCUAUUCGAACAACAAUUGGUGAUGAUUAUGAAUUGUUGAUUUGUAAAACAUGUGGAACACAAUAUCCAAUUAAAAGUCCGAAUGAAUUGGAACCAAAGAAUGUUUGUCAACCUUGUUUAGACCCACGACAAUACGUACCUGAAUCAGGUCAACAAUGGUCAAAAGCAUCUGAUUGGCUACUUCCUUCGAGUCAACUACGAUGUGAAUUAGUCCCCGAGAAAAACGAUGCUCGACUAUUUCGUAUCAUUGCAAAGAAUACAAAUGUCGGUAUUGGCGAAACGCCGUUUGUCAUCUUGACAAAAGACGGAAUAGUGCUUUGGGAUUGUUGUGCGUUAUAUACUGUGGACAUGUUUGAAUCAAUUAAACAAUUAUCGAAAGAUAAUCAACUUCCAAUCGUUGGAAUCGCAAUCUCUCAUCCUCAUUUCUAUACAUCUUCUUUAACGUGGGCAAAAGCUCUACAAACAAAAAUUUUCAUUUCACAUCUUGACAAAGAAUGGUUUCAGAGAGCACACGAAGGCUUGGCAAAAGAGCUUGUAGUGUUUUUCGAUAGCGAAACGUAUCAGCUUUUACCUGGCAUCACAAUCGUACGUUGCGGGGGACAUUUUGAUGGAAGUUGUGUGUUACACUGGGAUCGUCAAAAAGCAGGUACGCCAGCAAAGAUUCUGCAAUCUGCAUCUCAAGAUCAAUUACCUUCCACCGGUGCAGUGUUUUGCUCAGAUACCUUUGGUCCUGGCAUGGACAGAAAAACGAUCACUUUUAUGUGGUCUUAUCCAAAUAUGAUUCCGUUACCCCCGAAAGACGUUUUGCGAAUCUGGCAUUCCAUGCAACCAUUCCAAUUUGAUGAGAUCAUUGGUGCUUGGCCCGGCAAAUACGUCCAAGGAGAUGCAAGAGCCCACUUACUCAAGUCGGCAAAGCUAUUCGUAAAGAUGGAAGGAUACGAUACGAGUGAAUUCGAUUGGAAAGAGAAAGAUUGAAUUACGCCAGCUAAUGAAAAUGAUGUACA